AUGAGGCGUGCGACUUCCUCCCUUUCGGCCGUCCCGGCUCUCCGUACCACCGGCAUGCGGGCGACCUCUUCGCUCUUCACUUCCUCCUCAUCGGCGGCCAUGCUCAAGAGCAGGACUCUUCACUCUUCAGUCCCGCGCCAAGGCGACCACGGUGGUCUCUCGCAGCACCGAGACACGCCUGACAACACCAUCGACACGCCGUUCGACUUCACCGAGGCCAACACCGUCGAGAUUAAGAAGAUCCUGGCCAAGUACCCGGUCAACUACAAGCAGGCGGCCACCAUCCCGCUGCUCCACCUGGCUCAGUACCAGACCGGCGGCUGGGUGCCUCUCGCCGCCAUGAACAAGAUCGCCAAGAUCCUUGAGAUCCCGCCCAUGAAGGUCUACGAGGUCGCCACCUUCUACACCAUGUUCAACAGGACGAAGGUGGGCAAGUACCACGUGCAGCUGUGCACCACGACGCCGUGCCAGCUGGGCGGCUGCGGCUCGACCGUGAUCCUCGAGACCAUCAAGAAGCACCUCAACAUCGGAGUUGGAGAGACGACCGCCGACGGCCUGUUCACCCUGACCGAGGUCGAGUGCCUGGGUGCCUGCGUGAACGCCCCCAUGCUCCAGAUCGGCGACGACUAUUUUGAGGAUCUCACGCCUGAGUCUACGGUGGCGCUGUUGGAGACGCUGAAGGCCGGAAAGACGCCCAAGGUGGGUCCCCAGACCGGCGGCCGCAAGAACUGCGAGGGUCCGCAGGGCAAGACCACCCUCUUCGCCGCCCCGGCCGGCCCCUACUGCCGACCCGACCUUGAGACCUGCGCUUAA